AUGGAUCAUCCGGAUUUCAAUUCAAUUGUCAACCAAGUUUGGGAGGAGCCUGGUGAGGGGGUGGCAAUGUUCAGACUGAUGUGCAAGCUCAAAUCCCUCAAACCUCGUCUCAAGGUUCUCAACAAAGAAUCCUUCUCCAACAUCUCCGUCAGGACUUUCGAAGCGAGGGUUGCUCUAAGGACCAAGCAGCUUGACCUCCAGCAAGACCCGAAUUUUGUUGCCCUUGCAAAGUUGGAGAAGUGUCAACGGCGAACUUUCUUGGACCUGCACUCUAAAGAAGAAUCAUUUUUCAGGCAAAAGUUCAGAAUUAAGUGGUUUAAGGAGGGCGAUCGCAACUCUAAAUUCUUCCAUCAUUAUGUCAAUAAGAGACAAGUGAGAAAUAGAAUCCUCUCUGUUAUGGAUGCAUCGGGUAUCCAAAUCACUGACCUUGAGCUAGUUCACCAGCACUUUGUCAGUCACUUCCAAGAUCUUUUGUCGCCACGGGUAGUGCAUGGAAGACCCUCGGUUCGGGAGAUCCAGGAGGUUAUCCGGCUUCCCCUCAGUGCUGACCAGUUGGUCACGACGGCGGUGAAGGAUUUCUUCAUCUCAGGUAGGCUCUUAAGGGAGAUUAACAACGUCAUUUUGAUCCUAGUACCAAAAAGCCCGAAUGCGACUUCUGUGGAUGACUACAGGCCCAUCGCUUGUUGUAAUAUCAUCUACAAAUGCAUCACCAAAGUUAUGGCCAAUCGGAUUGCAGCAGUUUUUCAGGAUGUCAUUGGGCCUCUUCAAAGUGCAUUUGUUAAAGGCCGACGGAUCAGGGAUAAUAUCCUUCUAGCUCAAGAACUCUUCUCUAGUUUUCACCUCCAUCCCUACUCACCUAAAUGUGCAGUCAAAGUGGAUUUUAAGAAAGCCUACGACACAAUCGACUGGGAGUUCCUUGAGACUAUUCUUCUAGCCUUCGGAUUUCCUAAUCAUAUGACUCGACUCAUUAUGACUUGUGUGAAGACUCCUAAAUUUUCUAUUGCCUUGAAUGGGGAAUUACAUGGCUUCUUUGCUAGUGGGCGUGGACAUCGUUAG